GCCCGGCGGUGCCCGGUGUUGCGGGGACGUGGCGGUGCACGGGGUUCCCUUGCCGGACGCGGGCUCGUCCCACAGCCCUGGUGCCUCCCCGUGCGGCUCCCAGGCUUUGUUCCGGGAAGGCGGAAUGAAUGGGGCCGGGCGGGAUGGCGAUUUCCUCCCCGUGUUUUGGGGCAGCCCCCGAAAGCUCCGCUUAGGGAGGAGAUUUUCCCACGAAUUGCUCCUUUUAAGUCACUUUUGGAGCAAGUCUCCAGCUGGGAAAUGGGCAGAAUCCGCCGAGCUCCACGGGGAGAAAGCUUGGAAAGAAACAAAAAGGGGAGGAGAAGCGGUGAGGUUCCACACCCUUUUAGUGUUGUUUUCUGCUUUUCCUUAUUUUUCCCCCAGCUCAGGGUGCCAAGAAGACGUGCAGUGAUGCUGCUCGCCCUGGGAGCGUUGGUGCUCAGCCUGGCAGGUGCCAUGGAGAUCCAGGUCCCGGAAGAGCCCGUGGUGGCCCUUUAUGGCCAAGAUACCACCUUGCACUGUUCCUUCACCCCAGAGGCCAACUUCAGCCUGAAGGACCUCAGCCUCAUCUGGCAGCUGACGGACACCAAGCGCCUGGUGCACAGCUUCUCUGAUGGCAGGGACCAGCUGACCGACCAGGGCGGGGGCUACACCAACCGCACGGCCCUCUUCUAUGACCAGCUGUCCCAAGGCAACGUCUCGCUGCUCCUGCGGCGCGUGGAGAUUGCAGAUGAGGGCAGCUUCACCUGCUUCGUCCGCGUCCGCGAUUACAACAGCGCAGCCGUGACGCUGCAGGUGGCAGCUCCCUACUCCAAGCCCAAUCUGAACCUGGAGCCCAAUAAGGACUUGAAGCCUGGGGAUCGGGCGGUUGUCACUUGCCAAUCUUCCUAUGGCUACCCUGAGGCCAGUGUCCUCUGGCAGGACAGCCAUGGUGCCAAUAUCACUGAAAACGUCACCACAUCACAGGUGGCCAACGAGGAGGGGCUCUUUGAUGUGUACAGCGUCCUGCACGUGCUGGUGGAGCCCAGCAGCACCUACUCGUGCCUGGUGCGGAACCCGGUGCUGCAGCAGGAGACCCAUGCCUCCGUCACUAUCACGGGCCAGCACCUCGCCUUCCCUGCCGUGGCUCUCUGGGUGACGGUGGGACUUUCCAUCUGCAUCGUGGUGCUGCUUGUUGUCCUGGCUUACAUCUGCCAGAAGAAAAUCCGCCAGAGCUGCGAGGAAGAGGAGAAUGCAGGGACUGAGGAGCAGGACGUGGAGGGGGAAGAACAAAAGACAGCUCUGCAGCCACUGAAGAGCACAGAAGACAAAGCAGAUAACGAGCAAGAAAUUGUUUGAUGGGAGCUGGGACAGCACCCCGUGCCCCCACACCAGCCCAGCCGUCCCCUGCGGUGACAAACCCAGGACACACCAGAGAGACAGGGACACCCCAUCCUGCUGCCAACCCCACACAGAGUGCUGUCACUCUCUGUGUUUUCGGGGUGCCCUGGGGCUGGAGAGAGGCUGUGCCUCCCUUUAACCCCAGCGAACCCCAAAGCCACAGCCCGAGGGUCCGUCUGUCCGUCCGUGUCCGUAGGAAGCACUGGGCUGAGCCCACAGGGUGAGCAUCACUGCAGAGACACGCUAGGAUGUUCAUUUCACCUCGCACCACUGCACUUCCAACUGGACUUUUGUUUUUGCCUUAAGUGCGUGGUUAUCCCAUGCCUCCAAUUACCCAGGAUUUUCCACAGGGUUCUUUUCCUGCCCCCCACCCUGAGGCAGGGCUCAGGGAACAGCUGGGGCAGUGCCAUGUCUUCACCUUACUUCAGAAGGGUUGGAAGUUGGUGGGUGGCACAUGCAGGGGUUUUUAGCAAGUCGUUCAUGCCACCCCAUGACCUGGCUUCAGCUCAGGAAUGCUGGAAAAAAAAACCAAAACACCAUAAUCUAGUUUUUAAGGGAUGUUUCUCCACCCAUGGAGUAUUACAACAGGUACUCAUCCCCAGCUGGACCGCUGUGCCUAUGGUCUCGUGAAGUGUUAAAUCACAACUCAUGCACCAAAGCCUUAGCAUCCCUGGAGCCCCAAGUGUUUGUGACAGAAACAAUGCUCUUUUAAUGUGUUUUGGGUAAAACCAAAAUGGGUUUUGCUCGGAUGGCUGCAGGAAAGGGCACCCGGUGCCAAAGCGUGUGUGACACCAGGGGAUCUCUUGGCUUUUGUACGCAGGCUGAGAAAUGGAUUUGCUUGUGGUCCAUAGCUGGGUCCAGCCGUGGGUCUUCUGUUGCUUUUUGCUGUUAUUUAAAAUCCAGAAUCUGGAGGGUUUUGUGCCUUGACAAAUAAACACGUUGGUCGUUUUGGAUGAUGAUUUCUGAGUUGGU